AUGAAGCCGGUCAAAUUCUCUCUUCUUGCUUGGGCCUUGUUGACCCUCGCUUCUUCUGUCCCUGGACACGCUCACGUCGUUUCGCCGAGAAACGUUGGAGCUGCCCGUCGAACAAACUUUGGACCUGAGUUAAAUCACCGUACUUAUAGCGCUCCCUCAAUAAAUAAGUUUGGUACUUUUACCGCUUCAGAUGACGCUGAUCCUAAAGAGAUUGCUAUCAAGUUUGUCAGGUCAAAACUUCACCCGAAAGCUGACUUUGUGAUUAAAAAUAUCUAUAAAUCUGAUCAUAAUGGAGUUACCCAUGUAUACUUAAAACAAGUUGUUAAUGGUUUACAUGUCACUAAUGGUGACAUUAAUGUUAACAUCGACCAAUAUGGUAGAGUUAUAUCGUAUGGUGAUUCGUUCGUUAAACCUAAUCAACAAGUGACUCCUCCUCCAAUAAAGCUCUCCAAAGAUGGAGUAAAAGUAAAUCUUGUUGCUGGAGAUUUUCGAUUGGUAUUUAAUGAACACGAAACUAUAUACCUAAAAUCUACCGAUUCAACUUCCGAUUCCGUUACUUAUUCUAUUAAUGAUGACGUUGGUUCUGUCAUUUCCCCGGAAGAAGCCUUAGACUCUUUGGCUCGCUUUAUUAACCAAGAGAUUCCCAAUCCCGAAAAUAUCAAGUACACUGAAGUUGGUACGUUUGGAGAAAUAGAUUCGUUUCUGUUACUCACCAAUGUACCGUUUGCCCUCUCCGACGUGAGAAUGAGCCAGUCAUAUAUUCAAUUGGAUGAUCAAAAAUUACAACUCGUUUGGGAUAUUCAAGUAGAGAUGGAAGAUAAUUGGUAUAAUGCUCAUGUUAAUGCUAACACUGGCGAACUUAUCGCGCUUAUGGAUUGGGUUUCCGAUGCUGCAUAUAAUGUUUUUCCUCUUGGUACUAACGAUCCUUCGGACGGAGGUCGAGAGAUUGUGACGAACCCUUUUGAUAUUUUCGCUUCUCCAUUAGGCUGGCAUUCUCAGGGCAAAACAAACUAUACCAAGACUAUUGGAAAUAAUGUGUAUGCUCAUGAGAACUUAAAAGGAAAUUACGAAUGGGAGAAUAAUUAUCGUCCUGAAGGUGGCAGUUUAUUAACCUUCGAUUUUCCUUUGGAUUUGACUAAGGCCCCAAAGACCUAUAUUGAUGCCUCCGUUACUAAUCUCUUUUACUGGAAUAAUAUAAUCCAUGACUUAUUCUAUCGAUAUGGUUUCAAUGAGGUUGCCGGCAACUUUCAACAAUAUAAUUAUCAGAAAGGUGGAAAAGACAAAGAUGCUGUAAUCGCAAAUGCACAAGAUGGUUCCGGAUAUAAUAAUGCUAAUUUCGCCACACCACCGGAUGGUCAGCACGGUAAAAUGCGAAUGUAUGUAUGGGAUGUCAUUGAACCAUGGCGAGACGGAGAUUUGGAAUCGGGGAUUAUUAUUCAUGAAUAUUCUCACGGCAUUUCCACUCGUUUAACUGGUGGACCAGCAAAUAGUAAUUGUCUUGGAUGGGGCGAAGCUGGAGGAAUGGGCGAAGGUUGGAGUGAUUUCUUUGCAACAAUAUUACGCAUGAGUCCAUCCAAUGAUAGACACAGUGAAUUUGGAAUGGGCGAUUGGGCAAAUGGUGGUGAAGGCAUAAGACGCUAUCCGACAAAUCCAGAACUCUUCUCAUAUUUGGACAAACCAGGAUAUUGGGGUGUGCACGCUAAAGGGGCUGUGUGGGCCGAAAUUUUGUAUGAAGUAUUCUGGAACCUAGUUGAUAAACAUGGAUUCACGCCUGAUUUGUUCCCUCCAGUUUUAGAUAAACUUACACCUCCAUCUUCAUCGGAUUGGUAUUCUCCCGCAUCAAAACCCAACAAACUAAUUCCAAAAUACGGUAAUACCCUUGCACUACAAUUAGUGGUAGACGGGUUAAAACUUCAACCAUGUCGUCCAUUCUUCACGGAUGCACGUGAUGCAAUCAUACAGGCUGACGAAUUACUCACAGGUGGAGAAAAUUUAUGUGAAAUUUGGCGAGGUUUCGCGAAACGUGGACUUGGUGUGGAUGCCAAAGUAAUAGGAGGAAGUCCAUGGGGAGGUG